AUGGUGCGCCUGCUAAACUACCUCAUGCUGGGGUACCUGACCUGGAAUCUACGGAUAUCAGACGCACAAGGAGAGUACUGCCAUGGGUGGCUGGACAGUAAUGGAAAUUACCACGAGGGCUUUCAGUGUCCGGAGGACUUUGACACCAUGGACGCAACCGUGUGCUGCGGGUCUUGUUCCCUGCGGUACUGUUGCGCGGCCGUGGACGCACGGCUGGACCAGGGAAGCUGUACCAACGACAGAGAACAGGAGAACACGGAGUUUGCAGCGCAGCCCAUCUACGUGCCCUUCCUGAUGGUGGGCUCCAUCUUCGUGGCCUUCGUGGUGGUGGGCUCCCUGGUUGCUGUCUACUGCUGCACCUGCCUGCGGCCCAAGCAGCCUACACAGCAGCCUAUCCGUUUCCCCCUGCGCAGCUGCCAGACCGAGACCAUCCCCAUGAUCCUGACCACUGCGCCACCCAGCCUGCGCACCCCCUCGCGCCAGUCCAGCACGGCCACCACCAGCUCCAGCUCGGCUGGCGGGGGCAGCUCGGUGCGCCGCUUCUCCCUCGGAGGUCAGGGGCAGCAGCAGCACGGGUGCUUGGUGUCAGCGUCUGCAUCCUUCUCCCCCUCCACGCCCCAGCCGCUGCUGCCACCACCCCCGCCGCCCCCCUACACCUCCCCCACGGCCUGCAUGCCAGGUGGCUGCCAGCAACCCCACGCCCACGCCCAGCUGCACCAGCCCAUGCACCAACACCCAGCCCAGGGCACGGGCUUCUUGCUGCCCCAGCAAUACUUCUUCCCCCUGCAGCCGGAGCCCUUCUCCGGGGCCAAGGGCUUUGCAGACUUUGGACAGAGCUGA